CACCCACACCGCGGGGCAGCAUGAGGCUCAGUGCUGCGGCUCUGCUGCUCGCCCUGCUGGUCUGCAGCCUCUCUCCGGGCCAAGGUAUUCUGGAGGCCUAUAACACGAACUUGAAGUGUAGAUGUAAGAAGGUAACCUCUCGCAUCUUCCGCCCGCCCCACAUUCGUCAACUUCAAGUUCGAACCCCUGGGAAUGGUUGUCCAAACACCGAAAUCAUAAUCCAGUUGAAGACUACGUCAAUUGUAUGCUUGAAUCCUCAAGCCAAAUGGGUGCAGCAACUUUUAACAUUUAUAGAAAGAAGAAAAUUGCGUUCAACUGCACCAGCUCCAGUGACGAAGAAGGGUUCCUGAUUCAACAUGCCCCCUGAGAAUACCUGCUACGCUGGACUUCAGUUUCUUUCUUGGUUGAAUUUUUUCCAAGAAAAAUAAUUUCUUUGUAUAAACAAGCAUGAGGCUGUCUGUGAAAGUAACCUUACACAAUUUGAUGGAGUUUCCAUUCUUAUUCUUGAAGGAGGAAAGGUUCUUUGGGGAGAGUUUAGUUAUAACUCACAUAGGAUUUGUUGAAAAUAUUCCGAAAAAAAAUUGUUGUUUAAUGCUAAACUUUCCUAAGACAAAAGAAUAGGAAUUUGAACCUCAAAUAUAAAUAUGUAACUUGAAUCAAAAAAAAUUGUCAAUCAUUUUCUAUCCAAACAAAAGUAAAUUUCUGGGCCGGUGAGAUAGCUCAGUGGUCUACAGCGUCUGCUUAGGCAAGCUUAGGCAGGUGCGGGGACCACAGUUUAAUCCGGACACCACAUGCCACAGUAGCCCUGCCCUCAGGGUGGGCUGAGUCGGCCAAAAAAAAAAAAAGUAAUUUUCCUUGGAAACCUGAAAAACUAUAUGGAGAGUCAGCGUGACAAGGUCCAGAAGGUUCACAAAGCAGAUAUGAAAACCACUUUGGAGGGAGACAGGGUGGCACUCCUACUUUUAAAGAAUUCCUUUAAAGAUAUAUUGUCUCAAAUUAAAAUGAAUAACAUUGGAAGAUCCUCAGACUUAAGAUUUUAGAAUGUAUAGGAAAAGCACUUGAGGGGUAAUGUUUGACUGCAUUCUUUUACACAUCCAUCUUAAUGAACUUUUUUAUUCACAUCUUUUCCACAAAGUAACAAUCCCUGGUAUCAAAUUCUAUGUUUCCUAUUCAUCUAAUGCUAGUUAAUAAACUUGAGCAAACAUUUUACUUCAUUAUGAUCAGUUCAUUCCAUAUGAAACAUUUAUUCAAGUUAUUUGGAGGCUCUUCACAAUGCAAAGUAAAAUUUGAACUUGCUGGGUUUUUUCUUUGCAUGACACAGAUCUAAAAUUGCAGCAGGGCUGGAGGAGUUGCUCU